UUAAAUAGGCUUUCAAUAUCAACUCUUUUUAAUUUAAUUUUUAAUAAAAAAGUUGUUAUUUUUGUACGAGUUUAUGUAGAAUAUAUUUAAAAAUGAUAAAAACUGUGUCUACUGGUUUACUAGUCUUUUUGGUAAUUUUUUUUUUCAUAGAAAAUUCAUCAGGCCAAAACUUUGAGUUACCUACAGAGGAAAUAUUGAAAAAAUAUUUAAAUACAUCUCGAGAAGAAAUUAUUAAGAAAUGCAGGGUGAAGGAUAAAUGCCUUGCUUCCAAAAUAAUCGAUCAAGAAAUUCAAAAGAAAACAGCAGGCGAAAAUCUAAUAAACCAUAUAGUAAAAGAAGCAAAAAAAUUACCUUCAGUUACGGAAAAUGAUUGGAAUAAUCUUACACAAAAUAACUGUCAGUCUAAUCCUUUUUUUAUCACAACUUUAGAAAUGACUAUUGAAAAUGUUGGUGGUUGUCUUUCUCCAGGAGAAGCUCCAAGCUCUGACACAGUAGUAAAGGCUAAGAAUGAAUAUAUAGAAAUUUAUUGUUCUCGAGUCAAAGCAUCGGCAAAGAGAAAGUUUCAAAGUGGAAGAAAUGGAAAUUAUUAACGCAUAAACACACACAUAUAUAUAUAAAUAAUAAUAAAAAUUUAAUUAUUAAUUAAUAAAUGAAUAAUACAUGUGAACGAAGACACAGAAAAUUGUGAGGAAUUAAACUAAGAGGCAACGCUCUUAUUUUAAUCCAAUUUGAUAUUAAAAAUUUUAAUGUCUCACAAUUUUCUGUAGAGUUAUUAUUUUUGAAUAUUUUAAAAAAUGUUUCUUGUGUAAAACAUUUUACAGGUACGCUUAUGACAAUUGAGGAGUUUUUGAAAAAAGUUUACACAAAAUAAUACUAAUUAAAAUUAUUUUUAUCAAUUUAUAAACGAGAAAAAUAACUCAAGAAUGAGAGAUUAAUUUUUAUCACAAAAGACGCAAAAGAUAAUUAUUUUCAAUAUAAAUAAUUUUUCUUCGUUUUCUUGAUAAAAUUGGUUUUAAUAAUCACGCAACCUGCAUUCUUUCUAUUUGUCGAAUAAUUCAUAAAAUUAUUUUUUAAUAAGUGUUGUUCUUUUGGAUAAUAAGUGAUAGAGAAUAUUUAAAAAUGAUAAAAACCGUUUCUAUUGGUUUACUAGUAUGUUUGUUCAUUUUUUCUUUCAUAGGGAAUUCAUUAGGCCAAAACUUUGAGUUGCCUACAGAGGAAAUAUUAAAAAAAUAUUUGAAUAUAUCUCGAAAUGAAUUAGUUGAAAAAUGCAGAGUAAAAGAUAAACGUCUUGUUUCUAAAUUUGUCGACCUGGAACUAGAGAAGAAAUUUUCAGGCGAAUAUCUAAUCAUUGAUAUAGUAAAGGAAGCAAAAAAAUUACCUCCAGUUACUGAAAAUGAUUGGAAUAUUCUCAUACAAAAGAACUGUCCUUUCUUUAUCAUAAGUUUGCAAGAUACUUUUGAUAAUUUAAGUCGUUGCCUUUCUCCAGCAGAAAUUCCAAGUGCUGACACUGUAAAAAGGGCUACAGACGAAUAUACAGAAAUCUAUUGUUUUCGAGUCAAAGAAGCGGCAAAGAGAAGGUUUCAAAUUGACGAAAACGGAAAUUAUUAUUAACAUUGUAUUAUUAUUAUUAUUAUUAUUAUUAUUAUUAUGAAAUAAAUUCUAAUAAAAAGUA